CGAGCGAGCGAGCGUCACCUCGGGGUUUGUCUAGUGACUUCCCUAGCAGGGGUGUGUUAGGGGGAGUGCUCUUCCCGACUGUCGAAAUGGUUAUCAAAGUGUUUGUUGCCACAUCUUCUGGGUCCAUAGCGAUAAGGAAGAAACAGCAAGAAGUCGUGGGCUUUUUGGAAGCCAAUAAGAUAGACUUUAAGGAACUGGACAUAGCUGGGGAUGAAGACAACCGGAAGUGGAUGAGAGAGAACGUUCCCGGGGAAAAGAAGCCUCAGAACGGGAUUCCUCUGCCUCCUCAGAUCUUCAACGAAGAGCAAUAUUGCGGGGAUUUUGACUCUUUCUUCUCUGCAAAAGAAGAAAAUAUUAUUUAUUCAUUCCUUGGCUUGGCUCCCCCUCCAGGGUCAAAGGCGACAAAGUCUGAGGAAGCGUCCUCCCUUCCCAAUGGAGAUGUGGCGGGAGAUGCAGAAGGCGCUGCAGAGGGGGCAGAGAAGGCCGAAGGAGGCCCGGAAAGUGAGGCGUACAAAGAGGACAGCGACUCCCAAGAGAAGAAUGAGGAAGACGGAGAAGAGGGAGAGAGGAAAACAGAAGGGACAGAAGAGGUAGCAGAGGAAGGAGCAGAGGGAGAGGCCGAAGCUGAGGAAGAAGCAGGAGAAGGGGAAGACUCUUAGGCCUUUCAGGCCGGCUCUUCACCUUCCCCAGGAUAUCUGAGCCACAAGGCCACAUUUCAAUUCUUUCCACUAACUUGAUGAAAUCUUGGGCUCGAAGCCUGCACCCUUCUCUCAGCAUACCUGGGUUCACGGAGGACUUACGCACAAGGCGUACUUGGGUACGCAUGUCACUGUAUCCACGUGAAGCUAAAUGUGAAGACUGCACACAGCUGUGCCUGCAAUCCUUGGUCUUUGCUUAACGUUUGUUUCUAUUGCUUAGCACAAGUAGACCUCCCAUUGAUUCUCUGCAAACAGGAGCUGACCGUGGUGCAGAAGGAGUAAGUGUGUUCUCUGUGUUGUACUGCUUGUUUUCAGCUUGGCUUUCAAAACAAAACACUUCCCAGAGAGCAA